AUGAUGAUCUCUAAGGAAGAGAACGGAGGAGUGGAGGAGCGGCAAGGGAGGAGUGGAGAGCAAGGCUUGUUGAUUACUGAAACAACAAGUAGUGAGAUAUAUCAGCAACAACAACAACACAACACUUCUAGGAUGGAUUCAACCAAUCAUGGGGAAAUUCUUCCGAAAACAUUAUCCUCUUCGAGAUGUAUCAAUGGCUAUUUGCCUCCACUUGAGCAGAUGAUCAGUAACGUUCAGUGGAGUGAUGAGUUGAAAAAGUACAAUCAUCAUCUAUCUUGUGGCUUAAUUGUGGAUAACCUUGUGUCGAAAAUGCAUCAAGCAAAAGAGAAGAUCACUGUUCAAUUCAGUUCCGAGCUCUCCAAAAUACGUGCUAAGCUAAAGCAGACGGAGCAUGAACGCGAUCAUGAACUGGAGCAAAAGAAUAAUGCUUUGGAACAAAUACAAAAGCUGGAAAAUAUCGUUUUGGAUCUUCAGGCUCAACUUGAACACUCAAAAAAAGAGAACCAUCUUUUGAAAGAGUCCAAUAAGACUUUGAAGGCAAAAGAAACAACAUAUCUAUUAGAAAUCGAGAAUCUUAAAGAGAAGAUGAUUGCUUCGUCCCUUGUAUUUAAAGACAUGAAAGAAGAAAAUUCAAUUAUGAAGAACGACAUUGAUGUUUUGAAAUUGGAAGUGCAAAAACUUCAAUCAGAAAAACAGGUGCUUUCUAGAGAGUUGGACAUUCAAUUGUAUAGACACAAUCUUAAUACUGGAGAGACCUUUGACAAAAGAGUUCUUAAUAUUGAUAAAGGAUGUGGCAUAACUUCACGAGAAAAGGAGAUGGAGCUUGACUUGUUAAUUUAUCGUAAACGGUUGGAAAAUUUAACUCCUACCUUUGACCUAGUGAUGGAACUUGCAAUCGAACACUUUGAAUGCUUCGAAGAAAUAAUGCACGUCAUGGAAACUUUAAUCGAGAAAAAAGAUGAGCGCUUGUUGUUAAGUAUGGUGGUACGAAAUAAGAAAUUCUCUUUAUUUCAGAACUUGCAAAAGGACAUGCCAGAACAUGUACAAAAUUUUGUUUCAUCUCUACAUAAGGAGUAUGAUCGGCUGACGCAAUACAAUAGUGACGACGAGGAAUUCGAGACCGCUUACAAUGCAAAGGAGAAGAUGUGCAAUAGAAUCCUAAGAAGGAAGAAAAAGGAUACGGACGUUUUCAAACAUAAAGUGGGGAUGAUCAUCUCAAGACUUAAGGAGAGACAGUUAAAGUGUGAAAAUGAGAUGGAAAAACUUAGGUUAAAUGUGAGAGACCUGUUACAUCAAAGCACUCCUGAAGAGUAUUCAAAUGCAACCAAGUAUUAUGAGGAACUGAAAAACUCAAUACCUCCUUACAGUGUGUUGAUGAAAGACGACAAUCAUGUAACUGAAAGCAAGACUGUCCUUCAAUAUCACGAGCAGAAAAUACUGAGUUAUGGAGAAUAUUUGACGAAUUUGCAAGCUAGACUCUCUCACACAAAAAGCCCAUCAAGCCCACCAAAAAGUUUGGCCAUCAGCCAUUUCCAAAAAGACUCUGGGAAAAAGCAUUCAAAACAUCAUUGGUCUAAGGAAUGA